CUAUACUAUUGCCACCUAAGUCGUGUUGCUUCUCUGCCCGUCCUAUAUUUACUACAUCUAUAUAUACAUAGGCUAAGUGCACAUCAAUUUCAAGUCAUCAAUGUGCUAAGUUAGAUUCAUUUUCCUGAAAACUUUACCUCUAAUAUUGCACAAUAAGCUUAGCCAAAGAUGACAAAAAUAACAAAACGUUUAGCUUAUAUGUUCUUGUUCCUGUUUCUCAUUUCUGGAACAAGUUCAAUACAAUUGAUAUUCAAAAACAAAUGCUCUUACACUGUAUGGCCAGGGACCUUAACAGGCACUGGGCCACAAUUACCAUCAACCGGCUUCACUUUGGAGUCUGGUGCUUCCUACACUCUUGCUGCCCUCCCUUCUUGGUCGGGUCGCAUUUGGGCUCGAACACGUUGCUCCCUUGAUGCUGUCACGCAAAAGUUCGUUUGUGGUACUGCGGAUUGUGCAUCAGGUCAAAUAUCUUGCAACGGAGCUGGGGGAAUCCCGCCCGCCACCCUAGUGGAAUUCACCCUAAAUGGGUAUGACAAUACAGAUUUCUACGACGUAAGUCUAGUUGAUGGAUACAAUUUGCCGGUGUCGGUAUUGCCCGUGAAUAGCAAACGUUGUAACUCAACAGGGUGCCCCGCGGAUGUGAACAAAUCAUGCCCACCGGAGUUGCAAGACAAAGAUUCUCAUGUAGGUGAUGUUAAAGCAUGUAAGAGUGCAUGCUUAGCCUUCAAUAAGCCGGAGUUUUGCUGCACUGGGGCAUAUAGUAGGCCACAAACAUGCCCUCCAACCAAAUAUUCCAAGUUUUUCAAGGGGCUUUGUCCUCAAGCUUAUAGUUAUGCUUAUGAUGAUACCACUAGUACUUUCACAUGUCCUAGUGGAUCAACGGAUUAUAUAAUCACCUUUUGCCCUUAGUUGUAUACUCUUAUUCAUGAGAUGUGAUAAAAUCAUUGUAAUGACUAAUAGUCGUCUUUAUAGCAACACAUUGAAUUAUUGAACUUACAAACAUAAA